GCGAAUGACCGCAUAAUGGAGAAAAAAAAGCAUGGCCGCCGCCGCCGCUUCGGACUCAAGGGUGCAGAGCCCGAUGGCUCCGUCGAGGGCUGCGGGGAGAAGGGGAGCAGCUUCCUGCCGGGCAGCCGAUCUGGGAGGACGCUGGCGGUGGCGCUGGGGUAGGCAACGGGAGAAGGACGCCGACUCGCGGUCCCGCACCUGCUGCUUCGCGGUCAUCGACCACGGCGUCGCGCACGAGAAGCCGCCGCUCGACGCCGUCAAGUCUCACCCCCGAGCACUAGCGUCGUGAUCCGCGCGGAGAGCCCAGCCGUCGAGCAAGAUCCCCUCGGCGGCUUCCUGCUCCUCGCCGGCGAGGUCCUCGGACGAGCAACCAAGUCCAGGACGGACACGCCCUUUAGGGUUAUUAAUCGUAUUUUUUAUCGCUCAACAGAGCUUGUGCAUAUCGCCAGGAUUUGAGUAUUCAGAAGCCCAUAAAUAGAGGCACUAUUUGAACUCAAUUUUGUCAUGGUUUACAGUCAGGGAACUAUCAUGGAUGAAAUGGUGCCAAUACACUGAAUUAACAAGUUCAGGCACAAACUGAAAGAAUGCUUCAUCUAGCGAUUGCAUGUUUCCCUUCUCGAUGCUAGCGGCCGUCAACACCGAAGACCAGCAAGAUGGACAGGACGUCGGUCCCGGGGGACACGAUCGACUACGUGAAGGAGCUGUUGGAGAGGAUACAACGGCUGCAGUUGGAGUUAUAGGAGUCACGCUGCUGUGGGUAUGGCUGCCGGGUGUGUUCCAGCAGCAGAAUCCCAACGAGAUGCUGGCCAGGAAAAGCUCCAAGGCUAUUAGACAUGCUCAUUUGAAGAUUGAGUUAUCAAUAUCAAUUAUGGUUACCUAUCGGCGUCUAAUCAGGUCUGCAAGGUUAUGAUGCUGUCCCUUGGAAAGAAAAUUCAAAAUCCGUAUCCACAAUGUUCCAGGCAUUAAGGUGAACAUGUACAGAGCAUUUUUCUGAAUUUGUAUGUAUAGAAGUGUUUCUCAUCAAGUUCCGUCGGUAAGGUGUUCGUAUUUAUUUAUACCACAGCUCUAUUGUAGUAGAUAUACAUGUCAAUAUUUUGAGCCUACUUAUGGAGACUACCUUCUAUAUGUGGUACAAGUUAAUUCAAUCUAGCUCAGCCAUCGUAGGCAUUCUGGCAGGUGUGUUGUUCGGAGGAGGGGCCAGAUGUCCUAAACAGGAGAUGAGAGUGAAAUACUGCGAUAUUUAUCACAUUAUUUUUCAGCUGAUCGCUAAUUUCCGGGACCGAGUUUUAAGCUUUGCAUUGAUCUCUAUUUGGUUUGCUGCACUUACGUCAUCUACAAUUUGCAGAUAUUCUCACAGUUUUUUGUGUUAUGAUUAGGAGUAGGGUCUUGGGAAGCAUACAAGUGUCCUGAAGUAAGCAUUGUGCACAGGCCGUUCAGGGUACCACACUACUAUUUUGCUUGCAUGUUCAUACGAGUAUUGAUGAAUGAAAUAUAGCUUCAAGAGUGCCUCUUCUAUAAACAGAAUAUCAAAUUGAUUGUUUAAUGUGCUCCUCUGUAAUUAGAAAGUUAAUCAAGUGUUAGCUAAAUGUUUGCAUUGUAAAGUGUACUUACCCUUUCUUCUUUUGAUAAUGGGCUGCAAACAUUUCCAA